UAAUAAUGGAGAAGCAAAGAGAAUGGAAGAAGGUUUGAAUGGCUCUAUUGUUAUUGAUCAUGAUGAAAAGGACAAAACGGUCAUUUCUCAUGAGAAAGAUCAAGGAACAAUGAAACAGAAAACAAAGAGAAUCGCAACACUUGAUGCAUUUAGAGGUUUCACUAUCGUGGUGAUGAUAUUGGUUGAUGAUGCUGGUGGGGCCUAUCCAGAAAUUGAUCACUCUCCUUGGAAUGGAUGCACAUUGGCUGAUUUUGUUAUGCCUUUCUUUCUUUUCAUUGUUGGAGUUGCCAUAGCUCUUGCAUUCAAGAGAGUCCCUAAGGUUAAAUAUGCUGUGAAGAAGAUAUUCAUUAGAACAUUGAAACUUCUCUUCUGGGGUAUACUUUUGCAAGGUGGAUACUCUCAUGCCCCUGAUGAUCUUUCAUAUGGGGUUGACAUGAAAUUUAUUAGAUGGUGUGGCAUUCUUCAGAGAAUAGGUCUUGUAUACUGUGUUGUUGCUCUAAUAGAGACAUUUACCUCCAAUAUUAGAACAACCACCCUAAAUCCUGGACAUCUAUCCAUUUUUACUGCCUAUAGAUGGCAAUGGUUUGGAGGAUUUGUUGCAUUUGUGAUUUACAUGGUCACAACAUUCAGCCUCUAUGUUCCAAAUUGGAGUUUUGUGGACUAUAAUGAGGAAAACCCAAAGAGAUAUACAGUAAUAUGUGGCAUGAGAGGAGACUUAGGAGCAGCAUGCAAUGCAGUUGGCUAUGUGGAUAGACAAGUUUGGGGGAUUAACCAUCUUUACUCUCAACCUGUUUGGUCACGCUUGAAGGCAUGCACAUUAAGUUCUCCAAGUGAGGGGCAUUUUCGUAUAGAUGCUCCAACUUGGUGUCGUGCUCCCUUUGAACCUGAGGGCCUGUUGAGUUCCAUAUCAGCUAUCCUGUCUGGCACCAUUGGCAUCCACUAUGGUCAUGUCUUGAUUCACUUCAAGAGGCAUUCAGAGAGGUUAAAGCAAUGGGUCUCAAUGGGGUUUGUGUUACUAAUCCUUGGCAUCAUCCUUCAUUUAACACAUGCUAUCCCAAUCAACAAGCAACUAUACAGCUUCAGCUAUGUUUGUUUCACAGCUGGGGCAGCAGGAAUUGUAUUCUCUGCACUCUACAUACUGAUUGAUGUUUGGGGAUUUAGAACGCCAUUCUUGUUCUUGGAAUGGAUAGGAAUGAAUGCAAUGCUUGUGUUUGUUAUGGCUGCUCAGAGCAUCUUCCCAGGCUUUGUUAAUGGAUGGUAUUAUAAGGAUCAAGAUAACACACUGGUAAAUUGGAUCCAAGAGCAUGUGUUUAACAAUGUUUGGCACUCAGAGAGAUUGGGUACUCUAUUAUAUGUCAUCUUUGCUGAAAUCACUUUCUGGGGUAUGGUUGCUGGCAUCUUCCACAAAUUAGGAAUAUAUUGGAAACUCUAG